AUGGUAAUGGAAAUGGGAAUCGCAAGGGUAACAGUGCAGGUAAUGGAAAUGGGAAUGGUAAUGGCACUGGUAAUCGGAAUUGAAACGGGAAUGGACGUAAUCAAGGAUUUUAUGGAUGUGGAAGAGCAUGAGCAACAUCUGAGGACCAUUCUGGAACUACUGAAGAAAGAGAAGCUAUACGCGAAAUUUUCGAAGUGCGAAUUCUGGAUUCGCGAGGUACAGUUCCUUGGUUUUGUUGUGAAUGAGAAUGGUAUUCAUGUAGACCCGUCAAAGAUUGAAGCAAUCAAGAAUUGGGAAGUGCCCAAAACUCUGACCGAAGUACGACAGUUUCUGGGAUUAGCGGGCUACUACCGAAGGUUUAUUGAGAUUUUUUCCAAGAUUAUUCAACCGCUAACUUCCCUUACACAGAAGGACACAAAGUUUGACUGGGGAGACAAACAAGAAGAAGCCAUUCAACUUCUCAAAGACAAGCUAUGCGAUGCACCGAUCUUAUCGCUGCCUGAAGGAAAGGCGAACGUGGCAGCAGACGCUUUGAGUUGA